ACUUUUGACCAAACACCCAAAAUAAUCCAAAGUCUUUUUAUUACUUUUCUUUCUUCCAAACCCAACACACAUUUCUCCUUACAUGCACACUCUCUCUCUUCAAGUCUCCGGUCGUUGCUCGUUACCUCUGUCUCCUUAACCAACCUCCUCUCUCCCUCACAUCCCACGAAACGCGUCCAUUUUUUUUUUUUAAAAUUUAUACCGUUUCUCUCCCAAAUUCUGAUCAUUUUUACAAUCAUCUGAUCGAAACGUUUCUCCUUUUUCCCCGUUUCUUCACUAGAUCGGCAACUGUAAUUUUAAUUCAAAUUCAAAAGCAGAUAAAACGUUUCUUUUGUUUUUCCGUUUCUGUUUUUUCAAUGUUUCGGUUUUGAACCUGAAAAAUCAGAGAGAUCAAACAGAAAAAACUGAAAAUGGCGAGGACUAGUAGAUCGUCUGUGAGCAAAUGGAGGUACUGUCAGCCGUCGUAUUAUCUAAAACGACCUCAACGCUUGGCUUUGUUGUUCAUUGCUUUCGUUUGUUGCUCUCUCUUCGUUUGGGAUCGUCAAACUUUGACCAGAGAGCACGAGGUAGAAGUUUCCAAGUUAACUGAAGAAUUGACCACUUUGCGGAAUUUGUUGGAAGACAUAAAGAAUGCUCAUGGUGAUGCACUUGGGAAGAUUAAUAUUGGUGGUGAGCUCCCCAAGAAAGAGGUUCCAGAAGAUCCAAUAGAAAUUGAGCGAAGACAGAAAGUAAAAGAAGCCAUGCUUCAUGCAUGGAGUUCAUACGAGCAGUAUGCGUGGGGCCAAGAUGAACUUCAGCCACAGUCAAAGAAUGGUGUCGAUAGCUUUGGUGGUCUUGGAGCAACUCUAAUAGACUCACUUGAUACAUUGUAUAUCAUGGGUCUUGAGGAGCAGUUCCAGAAAGCUAGGGAGUGGAUUGCAAAUUCAUUGGAUUUUAACAAGGAUUAUGAGGCUAGCGUUUUUGAGACAACCAUAAGAGUUGUUGGUGGACUACUUAGUGCAUAUGAUCUUUCAAAUGACCAAGUUUUCCUCGACAAGGCUAAGGAUAUUGCUGAUAGAUUACUUCCUGCAUGGGAUACACCUUCUGGGAUCCCUUAUAACAUAAUUAACCUGGCACAUGGAAGGCCACACAACCCUGGAUGGACCGGGGGGGAAAGUAUCCUUGCAGAUUCUGGCACAGAGCAGCUGGAGUUUAUUGCUCUAUCUCAGAGGACAGGAGACCCAAAGUAUCAGCAGAAGGUGGAGAAUGUUAUAGCACAGAUUAAUAAAACUUUUCCUGAUGAUGGCUUGCUUCCUAUCUAUAUUAGUCCGCAAAGAGGAACAUCACAAUACUCUACCAUAACCUUUGGUGCUAUGGGUGACAGCUUUUAUGAAUACUUGCUCAAAGUUUGGAUACAGGGGAAUAAGACUCCUGCUGUGAAGCUUUAUAGAGAAAUGUGGGAGAAAUCAAUGAAAGGUCUAUUAAGCUUGAUUAGGAGAACAACACCAUCAUCU